UCUUGUGCAUUCUGUUUGUCAGGGGCUGGGAGCAGACACUCUCCUGUGGAGCAGAGUGGAAAGCCUUCCAUCCAGCAUGGGACCUCUGAGUGCCCUGGUCACAGAGUGUGCAUUUAUGUUGGUCACUUUAUAUUCCCUAAACAGGGAUUCUCUUCCCAGACUUCUUGGGAGGGAGAGAGAGGGGAAGAAACUAGGAGCAGAAUAUGAGUGGAGACUCAGAGAGAGAAGUGAUUUGAAAUGAAGAGAUGGAAGAGAGACAUGAUUCCUUCCCCCAUGCUUUGAGGUCACCAGCCAAACAUGUCUUUCUGUCCCAGCCAGGUCGAGAGUGGAACAGGGUUUCAAAUCGCAAAGGCCUGUAGGGGCCAGACAGGUACGUCAGUGAGUGAACUGGGUUCGGGUACUGAGCAGAAAGAAGAGAAGAAUGGUCACUGUCAUGGACUGGGGUGUCCACCAGGCGUUGCCAUGUGGGAAUGUGUAUCCAGCAUGGCCAAAACUUCUGGUUUUUCAAAAAAGAUCAGAAAUUAGGAUUUUGUAGGAAAUGUCACCACUUAAAAAUAAUAACUCUGCAUUUUAAAACAUGUUCCAUAGGGCAGGCCAAAUUUGUCUAUGGUCUCAAUUCAGCCAGUGGGCCAAGAGCUUACAGCCUUUGACGUAGAGAUAGCCUCAGUUCUCAUUUCCCCAUCCUUUUCAUGAUCAUAGCAUUUUGUAGCUUAUUAUACCUGCCAAAACGCUCCCGUUGCCGCAGAAGAGGUCCCUGCUUGUAGUGUGAAAGUAAUCAGGAUCCUCUCAGAGUUUCAUAAGAUGAAAAGAAAUGAGGAACUUCAUCUGGCUCCCUCUCCGAGGGUAUAGAAAAGGGCCUAAGACAGACCUUGUCUCUAGGAUGGAAAGAAUCAUUUGGGGGGCAUUGGAAUGUCCGGGCAGGAAAUGGUUAUAAGAGGUGAGGGACGCCAAACUUGGAUUUUGACAUGAUGCAUAGCCCCACCAGUAAAAAUAGCUUAUUUCUUUUUACCUUAAAGUGGGACCAAUGGAGGAAUUAUGGGCAUGCGCUAAGGGAGAUCUUGAGAUGGGUCAGAUACACAUAUGAGAGUCAUUGGCAACACCUGUAUAAUCUAAGGUAGGACGUUGACUCUGUCCCCUUUCUCAUUUAAGGAGGGAAGGAGUUGGAAUGGGUACAGACAUUUGACACCUGCUACAUGCUGGACAGAGCGACAGUGAUCAGGUGGAUUGAUUUAACUGCCAGAGACUUUAUUGGAACUAAAGUCAUGGCCCUUCUGAGGAACCAGCCAAUCCUGUUACCUCCUGCUCACUUAAGCCUAUUCAGAAGAUCACUAUUGAGCAACACCUCUUCUCAGGACCCUGCCUUGGUGCUGGGGAACCCUCAGAUGGAGAAAAACCAGCCCCCGCCCUAAGGCAGGCAAUGAGAAGACUAGGAAGGUGGCUGGGGAAAUCGCCCAUGGAGCUCUUUUCAGUCCAAUCUCUGGAGCAUGCUGGACAUUAGAGGAAAAAUUCCGAGGGCGUUGGCUUCACUGUCUAUGAAACCAAGCUCUCACUGCUUUUAACAGGUUGGCAUUUCCUAGAUAGGAAGAGGCCUCUGCACAGGAUGGUUUUUGCACAAAGGUGGAAGCCAGAAACCCCUCAUCCGUGUUUUGAGAAUUCUAGAUGUCAGCAGCUCCUUUAGAGAGGGACAGGGGAAGAUCAAGGGACGGCUGCCAUUAGCUCUGAAGAGCAGCCCCUGCAGGCCCCUGCAGGUGGCUGAGACAGUCCACCCCAGGUUGCUCCUGAGAGCUCCUCUGAGCAGCCCCUUCAAGGUCAUCACAGCUCUUCUGCUCCACUCCUGGUGGCCUUCCCUUGCCUGGCCACUUGACGACAGGUGGAUCUCUCCUUUUCUUCAAAGAGAUUUUCCCACCUCACAGAACCUAAUUCCAAAAGUCUGCCUUUUCUCUCCAUAUCCCUUUCUAAAGCUACAGAUCAUUCUCUCCUGGGGAAGAGAGGGGGGAAAAAGAGGAAUCCAUUCAUUUACCACAUAGAUGCUCUCUCCCCCGCCCGCCCCCCACCACUGCCUGUCUUUCAAGGGAAACUGAGUUGCUCAAACCUGGCUCAUGCAAUUAAUUGACCGAGUAGUGCUUGUCCCAAGUUUUCUGGGACUGUGAAAUGUUUAAGGGAACCUUGGCAGAAGGGGACCCAGGGGUAGGCAGCCCAAAGUUUCGCGGCCCCUCCCACCCCCAAAUUCUUGGAAUCAGAAAAUCUAGUCUCCCAAAGUAGGUCAGCGCGUCAGUGAGCAGCUCCUCUGGAAGGGAAGGGAGCAGAGGCCUUGUCUUGAUAGAGGGCGGAUUCAUCCAGGGCUGUCGGCUGCUGGGGCCCCAGGGGCACCGGAGGGGAGGGGUGGGGAGGUGGGGAGAGUAUAUCAGUACUUUGCCUGGGAUCGGAAAGGACUUGGGGCCACAGAGCAGCACUAGCCUGAGAUCAGACUGUGCAGGGAAGGGGGAGGCUCUCAGAUCUCGAGAGCGACCUCCCUCCUGGAGAGGGAAGGAAAGGAGGGAAUACCAGGGCCUGAGUUUGGUGGAGGAGGGGCUUUCUGAGAGCCUUGAAGCUGCCCCGUGUCCUGGGCCCCAUGACCUCUGAGGCCUUGGCUUCCCCAGCUGGCAGAGGAUUGGGCCUUCCCUGGGGGCCCCCCUCUUCUCCCCCCCGACCCCGAGGGCCCAUCCAUCUCUCGCUCUCUCUCUUGCCUCUCUCAGGCAUUUGUUGUGCAGUUCCUCUUUGUCUGCUGGGCACGAGGGCAACGGCAUCUGUCUCCCCCUCCCUGUGCACACCCCCCACCCCCAGCCCUUCACUGGCUUGGGAAAGGGAUGCUGCAGCCCAGCGCCCCCCACCAGACACACUUACACAUUCUCUCCAGCCCCCUCCCCAGGCACAUCCAAGCGUGCGCUGCUCGUGCUCUCUCUCCCCCUCUCUCCCUCUCCCUCUCUCUCCCUCCCUCUCUCUCUCUCUCUUUCUCCCUCUUUCUCUUGCUCUCUCUCUCUCUGUCUCUCUCUCUCUCUCUCUGUCUCUCUCUCUCUCACACACACACACACACACACACACACAGAUACACACACACACACACCCUGGGCUCAGCUCUUCUUGCUGGCUGCAGCCGUGGGCCCCUGCUCACCGUGCCGCUGCCGCUGCCUGCGAAAUGACGGCGGUUCCCCUCACUUCCAGGAAUCCACGCUUCCUGGAAGGUAGCGGGGACUCAUCUCUGGAGAAGGAGUUCCUCGGGGCCCCAGUGGGGCCCUCAGUAAGCACCCCCAACAGCCAGCACUCUUCUCCCAGCCGCUCUCUCAGUGCCAACUCCAUCAAGGUGGAGAUGUACAGCGAUGAGGAGUCGAGCAGACUGCUGGGGCCAGAUGAGCGGCUCCUGGAAAAAGAUGACAGUGUGAUCGUGGAAGACUCCUUGUCGGAGCCCCUGGGCUACUGUGAUGGAAGCGGGCCAGAGCCUCACUCCCCUGGUGGCAUCCGGCUGCCCAAUGGCAAGCUCAAAUGUGACGUCUGCGGCAUGGUCUGCAUCGGACCUAACGUGCUCAUGGUGCACAAGCGCAGCCACACGGGGGAAAGGCCCUUCCACUGCAACCAGUGCGGUGCCUCCUUCACCCAGAAGGGCAACCUGCUCCGCCACAUCAAGCUGCACUCUGGGGAGAAGCCCUUCAAGUGUCCCUUCUGCAACUACGCCUGCCGCCGGCGUGAUGCUCUCACCGGCCACCUCCGCACACACUCGGUCUCGUCUCCCACGGUGGGCAAGCCCUACAAGUGUAACUACUGCGGCCGGAGCUACAAACAGCAGAGUACCCUGGAGGAGCACAAGGAGCGGUGCCACAACUACCUGCAGAGUCUCAGCACUGAAGCCCAAGCUCUGGCCGGCCAGUCAGGUGAUGAGAUACGGGACCUGGAGAUGGUGCCCGACUCCAUGCUGCACUCAUCCUCUGAGAGGCCAACGUUCAUUGAUCGUCUGGCCAACAGCCUCACCAAACGCAAGCGUUCCACCCCCCAGAAGUUUGUAGGCGAAAAGCAGAUGCGCUUCAGCCUCUCGGACCUCCCCUACGAUGUGAACUCCGGCGGCUAUGAGAAGGAUGUGGAGUUGGUGGCACACCAUGGCCUGGAGCCUGGCUUUGGAGGUUCUCUGGCCUUUGUGGGGGCAGAACACCUGCGUCCCCUCCGCCUUCCACCCACCAACUGCAUCUCAGAACUCACACCCGUCAUCAGCUCAGUCUACACUCAGAUGCAGCCCCUCCCCGGUCGACUGGAGCUGCCCGGGUCCCGAGAGGCAGGUGAGGGACCCGAGGAUCUGGCCGAUGGAGGUCCUCUCCUCUACCGGGCCCGGGGCCCCCUGACUGACCCCGGGGCAUCCCCCAGCAAUGGCUGCCAGGACUCCACAGAUACAGAGAGCAACCACGAAGAUCGGGUUGGGGGGGUGGUCUCCCUCCCUCAGGGUCCCCCACCCCAGCCCCCUCCCACCCUUGUGGUGGGCCGGCCCAGUCCUGCCUACGCCAAAGAGGACCCCAAGCCGCAGGAAGGGUUAUUGCGGGGCACCCCAGGCCCCUCCAAGGAAGUGCUUCGGGUGGUAGGCGAGAGCGGUGAGCCGGUGAAGGCCUUCAAAUGUGAGCACUGCCGCAUCCUCUUCCUGGACCAUGUCAUGUUCACCAUCCACAUGGGUUGCCAUGGCUUCAGAGACCCCUUCGAGUGCAACAUCUGUGGUUACCACAGCCAGGACCGGUACGAAUUCUCUUCCCACAUUGUCCGGGGGGAGCACAAGGUAGGCUAGCGACCUACUGCCCUCGCCUACAGGAGUCUAGCCCUUCCCCACCACAUCCCGAGGAGUUUGGUUGUGUGGCCCCCACCACUGGCUACCCGACUUCACACUUGACCCUGACCCCUCCUCCCCUUUGCUCCUCCUUGUCCCUGACUGAUCCAAGCAUUGUGAUGAAACUCGUCUUUCGCUUCUGUUUCUCCUUUUUCUCUACUCCUCUCGCCCCACCAUACUCACUGAGUUAUUUAUUAAUGUAAUUUGUUUUCUUUUCCUUUUCCUUUUAUUUUAUUUUUUUUUUAACCUAUAUGAGUCACUUACCACACCCACACUUUCCUGCUCACAGUCCCCUUCCACUUUAGGCCUAAUUUUUCUCUUUGAUCCGGCUUUCUCCAGCAGCCCCGGGGGUAGGAAGCUCCUCUUAGUGCUAAGAAACCAUGAGCUUCUUGAUUGAAGUCCUCGUCUUUGACAUGAUCUGACUCUUCAGUUUGGAUGCUGACAGCUCCCUCUGGCCCUACCUUAGCUCUGCGGCAUUAUGUCUCCUCUCCGGGCCCCUUCAGCCUGGUCCUCCAUACCUCUUGUGCCCUCUCACUUUAGGCAGCUUGCACUAAUCCUGAACGAAUGAAGAAAUCCCUCCUUUGGAAGUAGAAGAGGCUGAAGAAAAUCCCCCCCAGGCCCCAGGGGACUGAGGGUCCUCCCGAUGUCCCCCUAGGAAUAUGAAUUCCCCAAAGCCCACAUUCAGGAUCUGCCUCUAGGAUGUGAUCUCUCUCUCUCUCUGUCUCUCUUUCCUCAAAUGACCCCACAGCACUGCUGUACUCUCUUCAACCUGCCAGUCUACUCAGUGGUGGUGUUUCUCUCCUUGGAGUGCCCCAGUUUUAUAUUCUCAGGGGCCAAGGCUAGGUCAGCAAUCCUCUGUCUCUGACACGUUUGGAGCCACAGGUGCCUAACUGGGAACCAGGGAAGGGGAUGGGUCAAAAUUCUUCUCUUUCUCUCCCACCUCUCAGACUUCUUCACUCUAGUGACCUUCCUGGCUCUCGGGGGCUCCUCUGGUCCCAGUCCUAUGAGAAACUGGUGGGCACCCUCAGCCCCCAGCCAUGCUGCCUUCUUCUCGCCCUUAGCAGGAUUCGCCCUCUCAUUCCCGGGCUUCUGGGCCCUGUUCUUCGGAUCAGUGGCAGGGAGAAAAGGAUGUCUCUUUUCUCCCUUCUAAUUUUCAGUAUAACCAAAAAUUACCCCAGGAUGAGCACGGGCAACUGCCCCCUCCCCAUUCCACUCUUGUCCCAGCAAGAAUGGGAUGGACGCAACCGAACUGGGGGUCGUCCUUUACUGCCCCCUCUCCCCUCAGCUCCCAGACGUCGGGCAGGAGGGGGGCACUCUCCUGACUACUGCAGAGACCCCUGGCUUUUUGGGUAGCCAAGUUAGCGAGAAGGGGGCAGGAGGAGAUCCAGCUCCCCGCAAGUGGAGGUCUCUUUCUACACGUGUUCCCUGGCCAAGGACACAGCCAUCCCAUUCUCUGCUUCCUUGAGAUUCAAACCAAAGCCUGUUUUUCUAUAUUUAAAGAAAAAAAAAAAAGUAAAAACCAAACACAACACCUCACAAGUUGUAACACUUGGUCCUUUUUCUCUCUCUCUCUCUCCCCUUUUCUCUUCCUUCCAUCUUUCUUUCCACACGUCCUUUCCUCAUUGGCUCUUUUGCCUCCUACUUUUUCACUCCCUAUCAGGGAUAAUUUAGGGGGAUGGUAAAGGGUUGGCUAAGGAACAGACCCUGGGAUUGGGGCUCUUAAGGGCUCUAACAGAGUCUGCCUUAUCCUCUUAUGGGAAGGGAGACCCUAAAAAACGUCUCUUCCUCCUCCUCUUCUCCCCCUUUAUGUGAUCUCCCCAACAGAACCAGAUUGUCGGGGAGGGGCAUCGUGGGUUGACUGUUCCUCCCUGACGAUGUAGCAAUAAACAGAUGCUGCCGAGGGCAGAGGAUCGGGGAGUCAGCUGGGAGGAGAGUGGUCUCUGGAGAAGGGGAGAGGCUUCUUGAGAGCACCCCAGGGAAUUGGCUCCUGUUUCAGAAUGGCAGCAGAGCUGAGAUUAAUAACCGGGGUUCCCCUCAGUGACUCUGGUUAUUGAGCCCCUUCCUGUUAGACCUGCCCUCACCCCACCUCUUCUGCGUCUGCUGUGUUUUUGGUGACACCUCAUAAGGACUAGUCCCUUCUGCGAUAUCAGAGCCUUAGGGUGCCCCGUCCCCUCCCCCAGUCAGUUUUGGCACCUGUAACCUCCUGGAACAUGAAGGACUAUGCUCUGAGGCCAGACUCCGAGCCCAUGAGAGCAGAGACUGGACGGGCAAGACCAGGUGCUAAGGAGGGGAGAGCAGGGCUCUCUGUCUCUCUCCAGACCAUCACUGCACUUUAACCAGGGUCUUAGGUACAAAAUCCUACUUUUCAGAGCCUUCCAGCUCUGGAACCUCAGACAUCCUCAUGCUCUCUCCCAGCUCCUUUUGCAUAAAAAAGUAAAGAAAAAGUUAAAAAAAAAAAAAAUUGAAACCCACACGGAGAAAAGAGGUGUUUUCCUUUUAUAUUUAAAAUCAACACCACACAAAAAAUUUCUAAAUAAACAAUUUUCCAGACCUUUGUUUUUCGUGUCAGUGUCCAAGCUGCGGAUGGGAUUUUGUAAUACUUCUGGCAGCUCCUUUCCUUGUGUACAUAAUAUAUAUAUUAUAUAUAUUUUUAAUCAGAAGUUAUGAAGAACAAAAAGAAAAAAAUAAAACACAGAAGCAAGUGCAAUACCACCUCUCUUCUCUCUCUCCCAGGGUUUCAUUUGUAGCCUAUGCUUCGUGUCUCCUUGGACUUUACCCCUUCACCUCCUCCUCUUCCUCUGGUUCCCCCCCCUUUUUUUUUUAAAAAAAGAGUUUUUCUCCUUUCUCAAGGGGAGUUAAACUAGCUUUUGAGACUUAUUGCAAAGCAUUUUGUAUAUGUAAUAUAUUGUAAGUAAAUAUUUGUGUAACGGAGAUAUACUACUGUAAGUUUUGUACUGUACUGGCUGAAGGUCUGUUAUAAAUAAACAUGAGUAAUUUAACACC